AUGAAUGGCCUUCCGCUCUAUUCUAUACUCCGUGGCACUGCUGGUGUGAACAAUCUCUCUGGCGCCCCUAUACAGCAACACACAGCACUGUGUGAGGGCUCUGUGGAACGCGCCGAUGAGCUUAUCUCUUCAUUCGACAUCAACUUGCUUCAGUUUAAUGCAUCCCUUUUGCAGACAUUUCAAAGUUCAAAGCCCGGCACAAACGCGUUUUUAUUUCGAUUGCUGGAACUGCUUUCCCGCUCCGUACACUGCAUUGCAGUAAGUAUCGAACUGACUGCAACAAAGUGUCAUGUGGGCGACAUUGAAACGGCCACAACAUACCACCAACCGCCGAUGAUGAUUCCGGUCGGGAGAAACAUGAGGGCAUACCCGUCGCCACCACCACAUGGGUCGCUAUUCUUUCAUAGGGGAUACAAGGACCACGAGCAAUAUCCUUUUAGAAAGGCAGAUAUGGCGGGAUAUUGGGCUGAAGAUAGAAUAUUUGGCGGCGUUGUCCUCUUUGACAGAGGUGCAUCAGGAACAGAGGCACACAGUGUUUGGCUGCACUCGGGACGUAAAGGCUGGACCAAACGAAUAUGGAAACCUCUCGACUGGCAGCUACGAGCCAUGGCAAAAAUUUUCUCGGGCAGUAGCUCAGAGGCGGUCAUCGUGGAGACCGUAAAUCGAGGACAGGAACUCCCACCAAGACUGCUUGAGGAAAUGAAUGAAUAUUGGAAAUUGACAUUCCCUUUCUUUUGCGACGUGGACAACCCUGAGCGGCAUGACGAUUACGAUGCCAUGGCAUACUACAACAUUUUACAGAGAUCCAUGGGAGCGCCAACUGCCGCCGACAAAACCAGAAAUGUGCACGCAGAAUACGUUCGACUACCCUGA